AGAUGGAGCAUUAUGACGUAUGAAAUAAAAAUACCACCGAAACAUGCCCUGGCAGUGACCCCAGAGGAGGAUGCUGAGGAAUCCCAAUUGCAGAUAUCAGCCUAUGAGGAUUCAGUUGCUGCUCACCUCACCAAAAUCCUCAACUCCGACCAGCACUCGGUUGUAAUAUCGUCUGCCAAAAUCCUGUGCGAGACUGUGAAGGACUUUGUUGCCAAAGUUGGCAAAUCAUAUGAAAAGACCAACGAAAAUACAGAAGAGAGUGAAACACUGGCCAACAAAUGCUCAGUGCUAAACGAGAAGCUGGAUUCGCUGCUGCAGGCUCUGAAUGAUGAAUCGCAGGCCAUGACCAGCCACCACUGCGCGACACCACCCAUUGCAGAGGAGGAAGGAGAGGAAGAGGAAUUUAGUGAGGAGUCCUCAUCUGAGAGCAAAGAGCAGGCACUGGAAAUGAUUUCAGCUAGGUCUUCCACGCAAAAGUUCUUCAAACCAAGGGAACAGCUUAUGCUUCGGGCAAACAGUCUGAAGAAAGCAGUGAGGCAAAUCAUCGAACAAGCAGAGAAAGUUGUGGAUGAACAGAAUGCACACACUCAAGAACAGGUUGAAGUGGAGCUGAAAAAGGAAAUUGAGGAGCACUUGAAGGAAGAGGAGGAAGAGGAGGAGAAGGAGGAGGACGAGACCAAAGAACCUGACAUGCAAACAGCUCUGCAGUCUGCUCAAAGAUCCCCUCCAGAGAGACGAAUCCAUCGUACUACCACUUCAUACACUGGUCCAUUCACAGCCUCACAACUGACUGCGAGCAAAGAAAAUCUCCCAGUUCUGAACACUCGAAUCAUCUGCCCAGGUUUGCGAGCUGGACUUGCUGCCUCCAUUGCUGGAAGCUCGAUCAUCAGCAAAAUGUUACUUGCAAAUAUCGAUCCUUUUGGAGCAACACCAUUCAUUGACCCUGACCCAGAUUCACUGGAAGGUUAUACUGAAAAGUGUGUGAUGAACAAUUAUUUUGGAAUUGGAUUAGAUGCAAAAAUCUCUUUGGAAUUUAACAACAAACGUGAGGAACAUCCUGAGAAAUGCAGAAGCCGGACCAAGAAUAUGAUGUGGUAUGGUGUGCUUGGCACCAAAGAGUUACUACAGCGAACCUAUAAGAACUUAGAACAAAAGGUGCAACUUGAGUGUGAUGGACAAUACAUUCCCCUACCUAGUCUUCAGGGCAUUGCUGUAUUAAACAUUCCCAGCUAUGCCGGAGGAACUAACUUUUGGGGCGGUACAAAAGAGGAUGAUAUUUUUGGUGCACCCUCAUUUGACGACAAGAUCUUGGAAGUAGUGGCUGUGUUUGGAAGUAUGCAGAUGGCAGUGUCAAGAGUUAUUAAACUCCAGCAUCACCGAAUAGCCCAGUGUCGGUCUGUGAAGAUUACCAUUCUGGGAGAUGAGGGCGUACCGAUACAGGUCGAUGGGGAAGCCUGGAUCCAACCACCUGGGGUUAUCAAAAUUGUGCACAAAAACAGAGCACAGAUGUUGACAAGAGACCGAGCAUUCGAGAGUACUCUGAAGUCUUGGGAAGACAAACUCCGGUAUGACUCCUGCAGGCCUGCUCUUCGGCCACAUCUGUACCCACAGCAGUCUGUGGACCUGGCUACAGAGGAGGAGGCCACUCAGCUCCAGCUCUGUGCUCAAGCAGCUGAGGAAUUAAUCACAAGAAUCUGCGAUGCAGCCAAAACCCACAGCCUUCUGGAGCAAGAGCUGGCUCACGCUGUCAACGCGAGCUCACAUGCACUAAACAAAACCCAUCCAAAGUUUCCAGAGAGUCUUACCAGGAACGCAGCGAUUGAGAUAGCCAGCAAUGUGAAAGCACUGCAUAAUGAAACGGAAUCAUUGCUUGUUGGAAGAGUUCCUCUGCAACUGGACUCACCUCAGGAGGAGCAGCUGUCAACAGCAUUACACCUUGUAGAUGUUGAGUUGGGAAAGCUUGCAGAGAUUCCAUGGCUUUAUCAUGUGCUGCAGCCAACAGCUGAAGAGGACCAUUCAUUGGAAUUUGCCAAAAGAAACAGUCGAAGUGCUAUGUUCAGAAUUGUGCCAAAGUUUAAGAAAGAGAAAAGCCAAAGGCAUAAGGCAGCUCCUCAGCCAGGAUCUGGGGAUAACGAAAGUGGGCCACAUGAAGCGAAUUCUCCAGGGAAUUAAGGACCUCAGCAAAAACACUUCCAUGCCAGAAGUGUAGCUGUCCUGGUGCUAUCUCAGAAAAUAGUGGAACAUUGUACAGACUUCUCCGGGGAGUCUGGUGACAUUCUGCAGGUUUUCUGCUCAGUAGGAUUUGUGACCUCGCUGCGUCACAGGGUGCAAUGUUCAGGUGUUUGCUUCAGUUAAUAUAUUCUUUUUCUAACCUUAAACUGUCUUGAGUUUCACUGAGGGUUUUGUGCCAACACAUUGACCCUCAGCAGCCAUUUUAGAUUGUUGUAAUGUGACAAGUCCUAAUAUGCAUCAGUAAACAUUGGUUUACAUUGAACUGCGUAACCCUCCUGGAAACAAGGAUGCUGCAAAAUGGUAAAUAGGUGCAAAAUAUUUCAGGACUUCCUUCUGCGAGGGCUGUGGAUCCAAAAACGGCUUGUUUUAUCACAGUUACAUAUCAAUUUCAUGCAGAUUAAUUGCCUUUAUUGCUUUAGAAGGUGGAAUUGGUUUGUAUCCUGUACAAUAUUUGGAGCAGAUGCUCCUAUCAGUGUUUCUUGACCUGUGAAUACGGUCUGUGGAACAUAUCACUCAGUGACCAAGGCAUCUAAUCCAGACUGAUGUAGGAAGCACAUGCAGUGUAGCAUGCAUGCAGAUUAUACCGCACGGUGUGCCUGCUUGAACUCUUUCUAGGAUUGCAUGACAUAUGCCUAAUGUUUUUUUAAAAAAGAAAAACACUUGAACAAGUUUUAUAUAUGUUUAAUAGAGAGUAACUUAUUAAUGCUGAAGUGUUUGUUAAUGAAAAAUUGUCUCUGCUCCUCAGCUAUAUUUUGCAUGAGUGUACUUCUUUGGCAAGGACUGGUUCACACAAGACUGUAGGUUUGUGUCACCCAUUCCAGAGAGUGCAGCCGACCCACUUGCUUGAUUAAAGGCAAGUUGAUGGCUCUUUAUUCAGGAACUCGGGUCACAACAGGGUAGCUCUCAACAUUAGCAUCUCCAAGAUGGAUGUAUUUUUCUAUGUCGUUAUGUGUGCACAGUGUGCAAACACAAACACACAUGUAUUUGCUGGCAAUAUAAGAUUUUGGGAAUCUCAUGGGCAGGAAAAGCAAUUAUUGUAUUUUGACCUCAGCAACCAAUACAGGCAUUUAAUCACAAAAAAAAAACAGGGAUUGCUACUUUAUUUUUUGCCCUUAUUUUAGGUUAAAAAGCAGCUUUAUGCAUAGUCUGUAAAGCUCCCGGUGAGCUUCCACCGAACAAACCCAAGAAAAUAAAAUAACGGAAUAGAAAAUAUUUUUUAUAAAACACAAAGGUGUUUUAGUCCUGAUAAACAAUCAGUGAAGAAAGAAACAUGCAUUUAUUCACAGAGGGCUACUUUACAGGUGUAUACCUCCAAACCUGACCCUCACCCUGUGUUUGCAAGUGUCCCUUUAUAUGUGCUCAAGUAACCAUACAAUUAGUACCCUCCACAUACUUCCUUAAUCUCAGUUGAUACAGUUAACAAGAAAGAGGACUGAUUUUACCUGUGCAGGUGUGUGCAGAGAAUCAAAUAGGAUCAUGCAUAGUUGGAGGGCAGGUUCCCUGCCCCUUUUUUUUGGGAAAAAUCUCUCAUGCCCUUUCCUGUUGCACUGUAAUAUUCUCAUUUUUAUGUACAGGACAUAUUCGGUUCCCUUUUGAAAGUUGGUCCUGUAAUUCUUCCAGCAGCCUUCACAACUCACGGAGCAAAAAAAAAAAAUCCUCAUCCCCACCUGCUUGAGGUUUUGCCAAUUAUGUUAAAGAGUCUUGCUGGAAAUACCUACUUCUAAGGUUAUCAGAAUUCAUUAUGAUAUUUUGCAAAAUCUGCUACAAACACGGUUAUAGAAGCUGAUGACAACCAGAUCUAUCUUACCAAUGCCUCUCCCAGAUCAUUUACUUUCCUCUGUACAGCCACCUGCUUAUUCAGCAUCCACUGUACAGCUGUCCUUUCAUCCUGACAGAUGUUAGGACAGCUGGAGCUAUUGCCUUCAUCCAACUGCGUACCCGUACUGUCAAGUCCAUCCCCUAGCUCACCCAUUGCCUCAGACAAUGCAUAAUCCUAGUAUUUUAUCUAACCCUAAGCCUACAUUUGAUCCUGUCUCCUGUCUAUCACAAAGAAUCACACCCUCACACCUAAAUGGUUUCAUCUUUUCAGCCUUUACCACCACACAUCUUCUUCUCAAACCUUCAUCACAUCUUGACUCUCCAAAACCUCCAGCAUCUCCAAAUUUCUGCUAUCCUUGAUCCGUUUGACACCAAAACAUACCCUGUCAAUGCUAACUCAAUGGAGGUGACCAGUUAGCUCAGUGGGCUGGAUGGUCAAUUUAAGAUGUAUUGUGAUGGCAACAGCACAGUCUCAAUUCCCACAUUGGCUGAGAUUACCAUGAAGGUCCUACCUUCUUGAUCUUGCCCCUCGCCUGAGGCAUGGCAACCAUCAGGUUAAAUUCACUGCCAGUCGUCUCUGUCUGAGAGAGCACUCCUUUAAACCCGUGGGACUAUGAUGAUUUUACUGUCUAAAGUUUAAAAUUCCCAUCCUUUAUAAAUCUUGACACAUCCCACCUCACUUCAGGUUAGAGGCUAGGAAUCCUGCAGUGAGUAACUCCCCAAAGCCUGUCCACCACCUGCAAGGUACAAGUCAGGAGUGUGAUGGAAUACUCCCCACUUGCCCUGGAUGGGUGCAGCCCCAACAACACUGAAGAAGAUUGACACCAUCUAGGGUAAAGCAACUUGACUGACAGGAAACCCAUUCACCAUCUUAAACAUUCACUCCCUGCAUCGUCUACAAGAUACACUGUAGAAAUUCACCAAGGACCCUACCACCUGAAAGGACAAGGGCA